GCCACUUUCAGACUCGCUGCCGACGUUCACGACGGCGACGGUGUCCCUUUCGACGCUUCACUCAGGGCAACUCGUGAGACCCAUCCAGCAUGCCGUUCUAUCAGAUGCUAUGUAUCACGGCGCAUUACAACGAAUAUAGACCCAUAAAGGAGCUCGUGCAACGCACGGUGCAACAAGUCUGGGAUAGGGGAGGAGUUGUGCGCAGGCUGAAUUCGUGGGGGACGAAAACGUUGCCGCAGCGCAUGCGCCGACACAAGCAAUACCACCAGAUUGGCGACUACUGGACCAUGGAUUUCGACGCAUCUCCUCGCACGCUCCGUACGCUCAACAAUCUCAUGCGGGCUGACCCAAGUGUUGUACGGUGGACAGUUCUCAAGCUCGGGGACAAGGUCGAGAACAUCGUCACCCCCCCGUCAAAAACUACGCCACGGUGAUCGAUUCCGGCCGACUGUCGACGCUCGGGGCAGGUUUCCUUUGCUUCAUAUCUGUACUCAUACUCAUAGAACCAUAAUCCUCUUUGAAUCAUAAUCCUCAUUGCAUGCAUCUUUC